AUGCAAUCUUCAUUAAAGACUCUUCUUGCUAAUCAUAUCAACAAGCUGUGGCAGCCACUGCAGAAUAUCAGAAAGCCAUCACCCAAAAGCAUUCUGCUUUCAGUGACACGAGUCGCAAGUGUUCGUCCUAUCUCUCUGGAACUACCAGAACCUCAGUUGACAAAUAUUGCAGACCGCAGAUGGGUUGACCGACAAGCACGAAAACUCGAUGCAAGACUCGACAAGAAACGCAAGCAGAUGGAGAGGAACAAAAAGACGAUGGGGUUGAGGAAGAACGUACUCAUGGCAGAGAUUGAAAGUCUUCAUGCUAAGAUUGCCCAAGCCGAAAUUGAGCGAAUAAUCAAAAUCACAGAGGCAACCAAGCAACUCGAGGAAGUCGAAGAAAGAGCCAGGGAGACCAAGUUGGAAACCACAAUUCGAUUAGCUAGAUCUCGGGCUCCAUCUCCUGAGCCACAACAUUCGACUUCAAACACGAUCAGAUCGAACCGAGUCGUACCAUCUCCAUUGCCUACCGAAGCUAAACACCAAAUACCAUGCCGUGCCGAAUCUUCUCAACGAGUAAGACAAUUGUGCAGCAACACCCUUUCAACCUCUACUGCGAACCUUCCCGAGAGAAUCUGCUCCAAACCUUCAUAUAGAAAGAUAAUCUGGAAAGUCACCUACAAAACCGACUCUCCCCGUCCUUUGCCGUUCAAUACCGCUAUCCAACGCCCCAAUCCGAAACCUAUCGGCGAGAAGAACAAUCGCAUAGGAAAGAGGCAAAAUAAUAUUAAUCCAUCUUCUAAAUACAUUUCUGAAGAAUACGACCAUUCAGAGGUGUUCGAGGAGCCUGAUAACCCUGCUGAUGAGGAUUAUGAUCCCGAGAUUGAGGAUUAG